AUGGAAUUUGCUGUAGCCGAGGCUAUAAAAGUGGGAUACAGACUCAUUGAUGCAGCGCCAAAAUAUGCUAACGAGGUUGGAGUUGGCAAGGGUAUCGCUACGGGCCUCAUGGAAGCUGGCAUAAAGCGGGAAGAUCUUUUUGUGACCUCGAAGCUCUACCACACUGACCAUCGACCUGCACGAGUGAUUCCUGCUUUGAAGAAAUCUCUUUCUGACCUUAACUUGGAUUAUAUAGACUGCUGGAUGAUCCAUGCUCCAUGGGCGUUUGUGCCAAAAGAUGAUGAGGUUAUUUCGUGCGAAGCAAAGGAAGAUCAGUUCGGAGCAAUCGUAGAAGAAGUCGAUAUUCUCGAUACGUGGAAAGAAAUGGAAAGAUGUGUCGAUCUUGGACUUGCGAAAUCUAUCGCAGUGUGCAACUUUUCGGGGAAAAUGCUUGAAGAUUUGAUAAAGAAAGGGUCUCAUAGUUAA